CUUUAGGCCAUAUUUUUCUUAAACAUCUUGUCAGACUUCUAAAAUCUGUCAGGCUUAUUUUGAUCGAAACAAAACUUUGAUAUGAAUACAGAACACAGUAACUCUUCACAGUUAGGAAACAGUCUCGUAAGGGUCUAUUUCCGAAUAUAUCCCGUAAGACAUCCCAAGUUCGAUGUGGUAAAACUAAAACGAAACUCAAAAGUGUACGUCAAGAAAACGAUAUCCCUUAGACCCGACGGAAAUUAUUGGGAGUUCGAAACUGACGGGGUUUUUAAUAAUUGCAAGCAGGCUCAUGUUUAUGAGGAAGUUGUGGGAGAUUUAUUGGAAAAGUUAGAAUAUGGCCAAAAUGCCGCGAUCGUCAGUUUUGGUAAAACCGGCACAGGAAAAUCAGUAACAAUAGCUGGACUAGAAAUGACUGAAGAAGAUUACGGUCUGGCACCAAGAAUAAUAAAGGGUUUGCUACAAGUAAAAAAAUCCUUACAGAAACACAAGAGAAUGUGCAUCAAGAUGUCUUACGUGGAGUUCUCUAGGAAUGAGGUCUUCGAUUUGCUCAAAGAUUAUCCCAAUCAGUUGGACGAUCCUUGGAAACUGCCUCAAAAAUUGGUCAGAGUUAAAAUUAAAACAGAGUUAGGGGCAUUGGAGCAACUAUACGCAGGGGAAGGAAGAAAGGAAACAAAAAAAGUUAAAAACUAUUUAUCGCAUAUGAAUUCUAGUGUUUUAACUUUUUACGUAACAACGAAAGAUAUGGAAUGUAGUAAUCAACAACAGAUAACUGGAAAGAUACAUUUGGUAGAUAUGGCCGGUUUAGAUACUCCUAAGUCCUUGUCGGCCAUUUUUAAAACGAACUGGAAAGUAGGCGAUGCAAACUUGAAUAAAUCCUACAUGGAACAGUUUUUUAUAGCAUUGUGUCAAUGCUCCAAUGAAAUGAUCAAUUUUAAAAGCAGAAGUAACCCAUUUAUAUUUUUUCUUGGGAGUGAUAUUAAGAAGCAAAGCUCGUUGAGAUUUAUCGGGCACAUAACCACUUUGAAAACAGAUUGCAGUUUAACAACAUCCAUGUUAAAAUUUGGUCAAGUAGUCAAAGGAUACACACCAACAGUUGUAAAUUUGGAAUAUGAAAUUAGCCCAGAGCACAAAUUGAAAUUUUUGCAGAACAAAGUGGACGAAUUAGAAAGAGAACGCAUCCAAAAUUCGGUCCUGCUCAACCAGGACCUCAGUUUGAAUUUGAACUGCGAACGCGUCAAGCAUUUGAACAAAACCAUCAAGGAGUACCUGCAAAACGAGAUCACCGAAAUUGAGGUUAUGUCCGUGGCGGACGCCACCACGAUAUUUAAGAUGUUCAAGGACAUGUUGGAGCAAACAGAAAUGGAGAAGAAGGCUUUAAAGGAUACCGUGGUCAAAAAGGAGUCCGAUUCGUCUUUGAGCACUAAGAAAAAGUCCUUGAAAGAAAAUAAUUUGACUAAGCGGAAGAGAAGCAGUGCUACAAAUUUAUCAGACAAGCUAGACAAGCAAAAUUCAGCGCAUAUUUUACCUCCCGUAGAAGAAGAUGUUCCAAAGCAAGUAAAAUCGUCUAAAUCACACGAUGUUGCUUCAUCGAUUUCCGUCAGUUCCCUGUCAAAGAGCGGCGUCAAAAAAAUUAAAUCCAAACUCGCUGCUAUCCCAAGACCUUCGUUGAGAGUACGACGCUCCCUGUUGAGUACGUUCAGCAACGAACAAAUGUUGGACCAAUGCUUCCUACCGGAGAAUAUUCCCGAAAACCUGGAAGCCUGGAACGAUUACGCCAAAAACAGUCAAUACAAUUUGAUAGUCGAACAGUACAGAGAGAACGAGAAAAGCAUUUUGGAAACGUACAUGGAGUAUUUGAACGAGAUCAAGCAAUUGCAGGCGUAUAAGCAUGAAGCUGAGGCUAUGAAGCAAGAACUUGUAGAAGCAAGAAUUCUAUUGAAAUACAAAGAAAAAUCUGAUGACGUCGAUGAACAAACCGAAACGAUCCUCAACGAAGCCGAAUUCCUCUGCAGAGAUAGGAUGAGCAGAGCGGAACGCUCCACCAUGAAACAACAAGAGAUCGUUUUGAGGUGCCUCGCUGAAUUGAAGAUAUUUUUGAACAAUCGCAGAGAUCUACGAAAGAAAUUGAACGACGAUUUCGAUAAUUAUUGCAAAACGAAGUUCCUCAUGCCGAUGCCACAGGUGAAGAGUCUCAGCGACAUGGAAAUGAUGAAAGAAUCGAAGAAAACGUUAGAGGAAGAAUGCCAGGAGGAGUCGUUUGAACGCAACAGAGGGGAAAUUGUCGAGCAGGAGCGGAACCAGCAACGAGUCCAUCUGAAUAACAUUAUGUGGCAAGAGAAGAAGAAGCUCGAGAAGAUCAAACAUUUCUGUAAACCUUACAGAUUGGUUCCUCUUCCCGAUCAUAGAGAUGCGCCGACUGUUUAUAAAAAGGAUUGAUCUACAUUGUAAAUUUAAUUUUAAUGUAUAUUCUAAAUUAUUAAUAAAAAUAUUCAAUUAUUAGCGGA